GACAAAGAUCACUCGCGCUCCGCUGCAUCGCCCCAAGGACAAUGCCCGGGUCUCCCACACUGCUCCUCCUGCUCAGCCUGGGGCUCUGCUGCACCGAUGCUCAGGGACAGACGGAUGCAGUGGCGGACAGGUUCCUCAACAGGAAUAUGAAGCAUCCCCAGGAGGGACAGCAACUGGAGCUGGAGUGCCCACCUUAUGACAGGGAUAAACCUAUCUUCUGGAUACGUCUAGAUAAGUUUGGGAACAUCCACUUUCUCGUCUCCAGUACCCCUGUUUCCGUCCAGGGGAUGGCAUUCUAUGGGAGUAAGGGAACAUCUUCACAGUUUGAUACAUGGUGGAGAGGCAACACCAAUCUGCUGGUGGUAAAGAACUUCACAACCCAGGAUGAGGGGACCUAUUUCUGCAUCAGCUACACCAACCAGGUGCUGCACUUCAGCUCUGGACAACCCACUUUCUUCCCAGUCACAACUAAAGCGGCACCCACCACACUUGCAACCACCACCCCCAGCAGCCAGGUCACCAAGAAGGACAAUUCACAACAGAGUCCAGAUGCAGGAACAAACAGCAAGAAUACACUGCAUUUCUGCUAUGAUGUGGUCAUGCGGGUUAACCUGGCUGGUGCCUGCCUCCUGCUCCUCACUGCCAUAACCAUCACCAUCACGCACUGCCAAAGUUGGAUCAAUAUUUCUCAAUCUAUUCUGCACUCUCAGACAAUAACUGAAAACUUAGAAACUUCAUUCCAUCAGACUGUAUUGCCUCUACCAUCCCGAAAUACAUAAAUCAGGGAUGGAAGAAGCAGAACCCAAAGCACUGUGUAAUAACAGGAGAAACAUGCUUUAGUACGGGUCUUGCAAGUGUCCAAAUGCCAACACUCGCAGCAGCAGCUUGAGCUACAGCCAAACUACCUCCCACCUCCUGUUGAAACAAAGCUUACGAUUGGAGAGGAAAUUCUGAAACUUUCACUCAGCUUUCAGUAUCGCCUUACCAAAGAGAUCACAUCUUAGAAAUGCGCAAAAGAGAUGGAUGAUCAAAUCCAACCACGUCUCACACUCCACCGUCACUUGCAGGACCAAGCUCACCGUAAGCAAGCAGCGCUGCAUCGCUGCUCAGCAGAAGGCACACAGGCAUCCUCCUCAAGCACCGCACUGAUCCCAUCAGCAACACACAUAGCUGCCCUGAUGGAGCGCGGGCAUUUGGCUGAUCCUUCUCUGCCCAUUCAUCAAUCACACCCAAAACUCUGCUCUCAGACCCCAACCCACAUCUCACUUCUGAAGUCUUCCCAAUUAAACACUUCUAAUUCUUAACGCUCACAGUGUGUCCUAUGCUUUCACUCAAAGUUAUCAUGGGGACAGAGGGACCGAACAUGCUACAACCAACACCACGAUCGCUUCAAAAUAAAAGAAACCCACUCCCAACUAUAUUGACAUAUAAUUGUCUGUCUGGCCAGGGAUCCAUGGUGGGAAGUCUCUCCCAGCUUUUCCAAAUGAAAUCAACACAGCAAGCACUGAGAUCAUUCAUCUCAAACUCA